UCUGUGGGACGGCAGGGAUCCCGACGGCCUCAGAAACCCCUAGGGAUAAGUAUUCCUCCUCUCCCUGGCCUGACAAAGCGGAAACACGAAGAUCGCCCAUCGAAACAGCACGGCUCGCCCGGGCUGGCUCCCCCGCCGCCUCCAUGUUCCCGCCGCUCCGCCAGCACCGCGCAUGCCCCGCGCAGCGGCCGCCGCCGGCCGGAUGGAGGGGGAGGAGGAGGGUGAUGGAGGCCGGGCAGCGACGGGAAGCCCGGCGGCUGCGGCGGCAGCAGCAGCAGCGUCCCGCCGCUUCGUGCGGUGUCUUUACGCGGUGGGCUUCCUGGAUUUAUUUGGUGUGAGCAUGGUUGUUCCCUUAAUGAAUCUUCAUAUCAAGUCCCUAGGAGCAAGUCAUACAGUCGCCGGAAUAAUAGGAUCUCUCUAUGGUAUAAUGCAACUAUUUUCCAGCACGUUUGUGGGCUGCUGGAGUGAUAUAGUAGGAAGACGUUAUUCCCUGCUUGCUUGUAUUCUUCUCAGUGCACUGGGUUACUUCCUUCUUGGAACAUCCACCACUGUGUUCCUCUUUGCCAUUUCUAGAGUCCCUGUAGGUAUUUUCAAACACACCCUCUCCAUCUCUAAAGCCCUGCUUUCUGACCUGGUUUCUGAGAGAGACCGUCCUUUAGUCAUGGGACGCUUCAAUGCAGCCUCCAGCGUGGGCUUCAUUCUGGGGCCUGUCAUUGGUGGCUACCUUACAGAGUUGGAAGGUGGCUUUUAUCAAACAUCUUUCAUCUGUGCCUCUAUCUUCCUUCUGAAUGCUGGUCUGGUCUGGUUGUUACCUUGGAGCGAAGAACAUACUGGCAGUAUGGAACAUCAACAAGGCAGCAAAGGAACAGACAGUUUCUCAGCAAAAGCAAAUCGUGACCUGCACUUGAAGUCAGCCUCUAAUGGAACUGUGGCAAGCAAUAGUCUUUUCCAGUCUCCGUGGAUUCAAGUUGCAACAGUGCUGAAGAGGAUUAAAGGAAUUGCGUGCUCUGAUCUGUGGGAUAUAUUUUUAGUGCGGUUGCUGAUGUCUGUUGCCAUACUGCUCUACUACAGUAAUUUUAGUCUGGCCUUGGAGGAGAGAUUUGGGGUGAAACCCUUGUUCGCUGGAUACUUAAUGAGCUAUAGCAGUGCACUUGGAGUGCUGGCUGGUUGUCUGCUUGGACCAAUAACAAGACUGUAUCAACACAACACUUACAGACUUCUGUUGCACUCCAGCACUCUUACCUGCACCUUGAUUCUCCUGUAUGCAUCAGCACUGAGCAUAUGGGUGAUCAUUUUGUCUUCCACAUUCUUAGCCUUUUCAACUACUAUAGGUCGUACCUGCAUCAUUGAUCUCGAAUUGACCAUGGGUGGGAAUGAGGCCAGUGGUACGCUCCUAGGUGUUGGACAGUCUGUGACAUCAGUGGGGCGUAUAGUUGCCCCUCUCCUUGCUGGAAUUGCUCAGGAGUUCAGUCCUUGUGGCCCUCCAAGUCUAGGGGUUGGACUAGCUUUAGUAGCAAUUCUGAUCAUGAAUGUGAACAAACAAAAAUACUGUAGCCACGGAAAUGUUAAGUUAAAAAAUCAAUAGCUGCAGAGUUGGGUUACAGGAGAGGCAAAGUGAAUCAACCUGGCAUGAUGCUUACACCUGCCAGACUUGUGCAGUAGUAACGGGAUCUUUUAAAAGGACGCAUUAUGUCCACAUGGAGGCAAGUGCACAUAAAUAUUUCUGCUGCAGGGAUAUUAAUUCUAGACAAAUGUUAUUCUAACCGGUGCCACUAGAAAACCUGUGAGAGGGACAGGUGUUGUACUAGCUGGGAUUCUUUAAUGGAUUUUUAACCUUUUUGGAGGGAAAAAAAGAAUUAAAUACACAAAUCGCGCUUGUAGCUCACAUUUGAGAUGGUGUUUAGAUUUAUAGAUUAUUAAAAGACAGAAAUUUAUUGUUAUUAUUUAAUCAGUGGUGAAUUUUUAUUAUUUAGUCAGAAGAAGAAUUUGCAAUAUAGCGCAUUAGCUUUAAUUUCUUAUGCUGUGGUCUGCUGUCAUUUGUCUGUUGUGAUAGUAGCUUAAUUAACAAGAGUAUUUGCUUUUUGUGAUUUUGUUAAGCAUACUUAACAACACUUGUUGCAGAGUAAUUAGGCACCAUUCUAUUAGGUAGCCAUCCAAGCCCUGCUGACUCCUGUUUUUUCCAGGUAACAGAAGUAGGUAUAUGCUAACUUCAUGUAUUAAAAGGCCUAAAAUGGACAAUUUUAGAAUAAGAUGAAGUCAUUCAGACUGAAACUGAGAAUGAACAUACGCUUUAUUGAAACUUGACCUGGUGGCUUCUGUUUAGUAAUAAUUUCUACUGAGCAAAUUUGUGAUAAAUUAUUUAAUAUUUCCUGUGCAAUUUUUCUACCUUCAUUUUAAGAAUAAAUUUGCUUCUUAAUUCUUUGACUGCAAAGGUGUGUUGAAGCAACUAGCAGUAGUUCACGGAUCUGGAGUAAGGCACCUCUGGAGGCAAAAAUGAUGUUACAGUGACAAAAACUUUAUAUGUUGGUAUUCUAAUCUUCAUUUGUUUGCAGUGCUUAACUAAUGAGAGGUUACUCUCAGAGGUUUACUGGGAGUUGUAGCACUCUCAUGCUAUUUUACUGUUCAAGCUUAUAUUAUUUACCACUCACCACUGUUUGCAUUUCACUUAAAACAUACAAAACAUGUAUUUUGCACUGAUAUACUGAUAACAUUCCAAAUACUUUUCCCAGUAUUAUGUAAUGAAAGUACCAAGUCAGCUAUAUAUAAUUGUUGGGUUUUGUUUUGUUUUUAUAUUAAGAACAAUUUAGUUACCUCCUUGAACACAUCUGGGCAAAUAGUGUUGCUGCUUCAGGAGAAUCAUAGAUGCUGGUUUACGUUUUUUAAAUUUUUUCUUCUUCUUUACCUUUUCCAGUGCCUGCUAGAAUUUAAAACUUUGAUGAAACCUCAGUGAUUCCAAUGGCAGUACCAUGGGAAUACGUAGAGAACUCUGAGUUGGUUUAAUAUUAUAUAUUGACACAAUGAAUGUGUGUCUUUCUAGCACUAUGAUUUCAGUACAUAUCCUCAGAGUUCCAUAUUGUUAUAACCUGUGUUUCAUUUCUCUCUAGGAACCUGAGGCAUUUUCAAGUGUCUUGUCUUUUCUUGUCUUGCUUGGUAGAUGCCAAGAAAACAUUCUUGUCCUAAAUUUCCUCUUUCCUUUCUUUGCAUUUUUUUUUUAUUUUUUUUUUUUUACACCUAAAACCAUACUUCUGUAAGUAACAGACUUCUGUUUUGCAACUAUAGCAAGGAGUGAAGGAAAAGGGUAGGUAAAAACCCUCAAAAAUUACUGUGUCUGAAAAAUUUAGUAUACUUGUUGGAUUAUAUGAGGUAACAGGUAAAAUUUACCAUCUAAGUAGCUGCGCUGAUUAAAGCUGAAUUCUCUAAACACCAUAAAAUUCAGUUUAUACUAACAUGUACAGCUGGUUGAUUUUUUUUUUUCCACUUUUCCACUUAUAAAAACCUAAAAAUUUUGCUGGCUUUGUUUAUACAUAAGUGAAAAAAAAUGUGCUUGCCACAAUCAGCAAAUAUUUUUCUUCUGUUUUGAAAAACAGGUCUCCCUAUAUGGUAAAUAAAAAUGAAAUUAAGUAAUUGAAUUGAGAAAUCUGUGGAAGGGCUGUGGUCUCAGAGACAUGUUGCAACUGAUGUUACAGGAGAAAGGCUUUUACUUGUAUGCCAAAGUGAUUUCUGGUGUGCUGCAGAAACAUUUAUUCUUUUUAAAGACUCAGCUAGAGAAAAACUGACCUAAUUUUUAAUAUAUUUUUUUAGGACUAGAAAUAAAAUUAAGUGACAUUCCACAUUUUGUCGCUGUGGUUUUUUCCUCUCUUCCUCUGCUGAAACUAUAGCACAAAAUAGAGGUGUUCAGGUCAAUAUGAAAUGAAGAGGUUUUCUUUUUCUUCAAGCUAUUCCAUACAAGGAUCAUUUGAAUCUGCCUCCUUUCAACAUAAAAGGCACAGAAGCCUAGGAUUCAACCAAGAAGUGGCUUGACAAUUAAUGAAAAAGAAGUAAAAAGAGAGAGCUUACCCGUUGUGAGAUGGAGUGCUUAAAGCUACUGUUCCUAGUGCCUGGAGACCAUAGAAUCAUAGAAUCAUAUGUUUGGAUCCCCAUGUUGCCUGUUAGUUGCCAUAACUGCAAAUUCAGAGUGAUGAGUAAAUGACAUCCUUGGAGAUGAGGAGAUAUGACUCCCCUUUUAAGUUGAAGAAGGAGCAGUUGCAGCUAUUUUUUGCUUAGUCAAGUGGGCUUUACUCAAUUACUUAGCAGUUUGUUGAAUCUAAUUUCUGAUAUCUGAUAACAGUAACAAAUUAGAGAUCUGAAUGUGCACUAAAAAAAAUAAUUCUAGCUGCAAAUCACUGCAAAUUAAGAUUUUUCUACUGCUUGCUAUGAUGUAAGUUUUGGCUUGAGUUUUUGGGGCUUGUGAGCAGGGUUGGGUUGGUGUUUUUUGCUUUUUACCUUUUGACAUUUCCACUUUUGUAACACUGCUUUUCUGACCUUUAUGAUCGUCUGAUGUUGAAGAGGCUGUAUAUACAAUGUAGUAGUUUAUUUCUGAAAAACAGCUGGUAGCAUAUGAUACGUACUGAAUUUGUUGCAUUUAAAUUAUGAAGCAAAUGUAAGGUUUAUUCCAUGUUAGUGUAUGUUCUAUAUAUUUGAAGAGAUCCUUUAUAAAUGUGCCAGUUAUGCAGA